AUGAUUGUUGUUGUUAAUUUAUGUUUUAAAGGUGAACGUGAUGGUCCUUUACAUUUUGUUGAUUCAAGUAAAGCACCUACACCUGCAUCACGUUAUGGUGGUUAUUAUUCAAUAUAUCAUCCUCAGAAUUAUUCAGGAUCAAUAACACCAUUAAAUUAUCAAUCUCAUCCAUUUGAAAUGAUGCAUCUUGAAAGUCUAAGAGAAAAAUUAAAUAGAUUAUCACGUGAUAAAGCUGAUCUCGAUGAUCCAUAUGGUACAUUAUCGAAGCAACGAAGUACAGAUAUGGAUGAAGGACGAAUAACGCCAAAAGCUAGUUCGGAAUUUCCAUCAAAAAAAUCUUCAACAAAAUUAGGUGAUUUUGGUAUUGUUAAUAUUGUUCAAGAAGUAACACCAACAUUACCUGAUAAUCAACCAAAUCUAACAUUAAUUCAAUCAGAUAUAAAUGAAAAACCAACACCUACACAACAAUUAGCUGAACAAACUGUUCAAACACUAGAUGAUAUACCACCUAUACGUGCUAAUCAACCACCUGUAAGUGAACGUUUAAUAAAGUCGAAAAUAAUACCCGAACCAGCACGUGCAUUAGCUAAUGCACUUAAACAUGCUGUUGUUAGACCAUUAAAAAAAACGAUAAUAAAGAAAAAAUCUUUUGAUGGAAAUCUACCUGAACAACAUAUAACUCGUUCUCAUCCACCUAUUGUUCAUUCAUUAUCUCAACCAUCAUCAAUACUUAUUGAAAAUCAUGAUCAACAAUUAAAUGAAAUAUCGAUUGAUUCAAAUGAAUCAACAAGUGCAAUUACAUUAAUAUCACCAAUUAAACCACCACGUUUAAGUGAUGAAUCAGGUUCAUCAUCAUCUAUUGAAGUUAGUUCACCACCACCAGCAAAACCACCAAGACAUUUUUCUUUAUAUAAAAAUGACAUUGAUGAUAAUGUAAUACAAGAAACAAAUGAUGUUGUUAAAAAAGUUUUAAAUAUUGUUGAUACAUUUGAUAAUAUACAACAGCAAAAUAAUAAUGAUACAAAUAUUUUACGACAAUCAUUAUUAAAUCCAAAUCAAUCAAUUAAUUGUAAAGUAUCGGAUAGUUUAAAAAAUAUUGACACAUUUUCUGUUCAACCAAUAUCUAUUGCAAUAAAUACUGAUCUUCCAUUAAUAACAAAAUCUUUUGAUAAUAAUAUAGAUAAACCAAUGACAAUCAAAUCAUUUUCAUUGCCUACUAAACAAUCGAAUAGUUUAGAGAAAUCAAUAAAUGAAAUCAUUCCAAUUGAAAUAAGUCAAUUGGCCAAAGAAGUAACAGAAAAUAUUUUACAAGAAGUUGAAAAACAAACAAAAGUAACAAAUGUUGAUUCAACUAUAAAUAAUAACCAACAAAUUUUAUUUGAUAAACUUUCACAAUUGAAACAAGAACAAACAAAUAAAAAAUUUUGUGAUAAUACACCAUCAGUUUUUCAUUCUAAAAUUACAACUCACAUAUUACCCACUCAGACUACAUCACGUCCACUUGUGUUUGUUUCGUUGAGUUCUUCGUCUAAUCCUACUAAAACAAAUUUGCCAUUACUUGAUAUUGUUACAACAAAACCAACACCUUUAUUCACAACUUCAGUCACAGUCACGAGUCCAUCAACAUCUAUCCUUUCAUCAACAACAACAAUUACUAAUACUAACGAGGAAUUAAAUAACACAUCAACAUUAAUCUCUAAUAGUAAUAAAACUUCUAAUCAUACAAAUGUAUUACAAACUAAUAGUAAACCAGAUAGUGUUGAUUCAAAUGAUCCAACAACACACGAUAAUACAAUAUUUUUACCACAAAAUGUUGGUAAUACAACAUCAAUUUGUUCGUUUCUAUCUGAUUAUGAUAAUUUACGUGGUUCGAACGGAAGUUUAAAUUAUGACAAUCAACAAACACAAAUCUUACCAUCAAUUAUUCCUUCAUCAUCAGAAACCAUGUCAUCAACAGCAUCGUCAUCAAUGACAACAAUCUAUCAAAGUUUUGAUAAUUUUCCAUCAUUAUCAUUAUCAUCAUCAGCAACAAGUCCAACAUAUGUAUCAGCAGUUAGUACAUUUAAUACAGGUGGUACAACAACACCACAACAUUUAGGUUCUGAUAUAAGUGAUGAAGAACUUGUUGAAUCAUUUGAUAGUGAAAAUUCACCUCAAGCUUCGACGCCUAAAAUUGAAAUAAUUGAAGAUAAUAGCGAACCGAUUGAUGAAUGCGAUAUGACAUUUCUUACUGAAGUUCUUGCUCAAUACAAUCAGAGUCUUCAUCAUCAAGGUUUGCAUAAUUUCGGAACAACAAAUGUUCAAUCAUCAUUUGAUAGAGAAGCUACGCUUGCCAGCAAAGUAGAAGAAUCGCCGUUAUCAUCAUUAUCAUCAGCAUCAGAAUCAUUAUCAUUAUUAAUCUCUGUUUCUUCUGCUUCUUCCUCUACUACUUUUCCUUCUUUUCCUUUUCAUAUCACUACUAAAACAUCAUCUAAACUUUCAUCGAACAUGCCAAAUAAAACUUCCAAUAUAACAUUUCAAAAUUUUAAUAAUAUUUCAUCAACAAUAACAAAUCUAAACGAAGAUAAUCCAAUAAAUAAUAAUCAACAAGAAAAAAAAGAUUCAAAUAUUAAUUUACAGUCACCAAUACAUCAACGUCGUUUACCAUUACCAGAUAAAUUAACAUUUGAACAAAAUAUAACAAAUCUUAUUGAAAAAGAAUCUCCAUUAUUACAAUCAGAAUUACUAACUACUGAACAUGAAUUAUCUGUAUUUCGUUCACGUUUAGCUGUUAAUGAAGGUGUUACAGCUGUAACAGGUACAAUACUUGAAUCACUUAAAGGACACUUUGAAUCGAAUCAUAAAACAGAUAGUACAACAUCACCGAUUGAUAAAUAUAAAACAAAUAUUCUUCAACAUUCUUUGUCUAUUCAAACAUCACCAAUUACAGAAAAAUUGCCAGAAUUAAUUGAAAUACAUUAUGAUGCUGAAUCACCUAAAAGUCCAUAUAUACUUGUUAAAGCAGUAAAUUCUUUUUGGAUUGCACAACCAAUAGAUGAUUCCGAAGUAGAAAAACGUUUAAAGAAAUUCUCAUCACCAGUUAUGAAACGUGCUGCUAUUAAACUACCGGAUGCAUUUCAUAUAGAUAAUUAUAAUUCAGAUGAUGAAGAAAUUUUUAAAGAAAAAUUAAAUGAAGAAACUCUUUCAUCUUUAAUUCCCAAAACACCAACAAAUAUUGACGAAGAAAAUAAACCUAAUGAUUUAAUAUCCGAAGAAAAUGUAAGUUCAACAACCGUUCCACAUGCACAAUUAGGAGAAAUGAAAAAAAUACAUUCAUCAUCAUUACAUCAAGAUAAUGAUCAAUUUGAAAAAUUUGAUGAUAAAAUUGAUGAAAUUUAUUCAAUUAUUGAUUAUUUAAAACAUAAUAAAUUCACAUUAACUAUUUUAAAUAAUCUUCAUAUGAAAUUAAAUGAUUUAAAAUUACUUCUUCAUUAUAUUCAUUUAAAUAAACAAGAUGAAUUACGUAUUGAAUAUGAAUUAGAUGAAUUAGAAAAUUCUUUUAAUAAAACAUCUAAACAUGAUGAUUAUGAUUUUAUUGAAUUAUUUGAACAAAACCUUCGUGAAUUACAAUAUAUUGUUCAAGAAAUAAAAAUUCUCAAAUCUGAAGUACAAGAAAAUCUUAUAACACAAUUCGAACCCAUAAAAAAUACUAAUGGUAAAGAUAUUUUAAAUAAACCAUUAGUCACAUCAAAAACAACAUAUAAUCGUCUUAUACCAGAAAAUCCCGUUGUAACAAGUGAUAUCUUUUUUGAAAGGAAUAAAAUAUUAAAACAAAAAAAAAUUUCUCCAACAAAUCCUACUCGUUUAAUACCUGAAGAUGCUCGAAUAAGUGCUUCAAGUUUUUAUGAAGGUGAUAUACAUCGUUCAUUAUAUCAACAUGCAGAACCAGAAAAACAAAUCGAUUAUACAAAUAAAAAGAAAACUCUUAUACCUGAAAAACCUUAUAUAUCAUUUGAAAAUUUUUAUGAAGGUGAUCCACAACGUUCAAUGUUUAUUGAGCGUCCAUUAUUAAUACAUGCUGAAUCUUUAUCAUCAUCAGUAUCAUCACCAAUAUCAAUUGAUAAUCUUCGAGCUAUUAUGAGUGAUUUAAUGCUUGUUGCAUCAUGGUCAAAAAAACCAACAAAAAUAAUAACUCAACAAACAAAACCUAAUGUUGAAGUUCAUGCUGAAUCAUUUAUCACAACUGAAAAACGGCAUUCUAAAUUAUGCGAAAUUACACAUGACAUUGAAAGAUUCCCACUAUCACAUCCUUCAAUAUUAAUCGAAGAACAAGAUACAACAUUGCCAGAAUAUAUAGAAUUACAUGAAGAACAAAUUAUUGAAUCUUCUCAAAUGCCUGAACAAGAAGAAAAUUUAAAUGAUAUGAUUAUUAUUGAAAAACCUCUAAAUGAAGAUCAAUCAAAUCCAAUAUCAAAUGAUACUGAAUUUAUCAUUGUAUCUUCUCCAUCAUUCAAAGAAGACUAUGAACAACAAUUAAUUAUUAAACCUUAUCCUUCUGAUCAUGUGGAAUCAAAUAUCGAUGAAAAUAUUUUAAUGUCUUCACCUGUGAUUGAAAUUAGUACCGGACAAAUCGAAAAUGAUUCUUUUAAUAAUGAACAAGAAGAUAUCAAUGAAGAAAAUUUACAUGGUUUUCAAUCGGUUCCGUUCUAUAAUGAAGAUUAUAGAAAAUUAUCGAAUUCACCAGUAACAUCUCAUAUACAACGUUCAAAUAUUAUUUCUAAAACUAUAACAUCUUAUCAUGAUGAAGAGGAAAGACAAGAAGAAGAAGAUAUUGAAGAAAGUAAUUUUCGUCCUACACAUCUUGAUAUAUAUUUUGAAGAGCAAAUACAAUAUGAAAAUCUUCUUAUUGAAACAUCAAAUAAUCUUGUUGAGCACAUUUUAAAUGAGGCUAUUUCAGAACUAAUUGAAUAUGAACAAAAUUAUUUAUAUUAUCAAGCAGCAGUUCAAAUUGUUAAUGAUGUUAUUGAAAAUAUUAUUCGAAACUACGAUAAUGAAUUUAAUUUAAUUGAAUCAACAUCCAUUAGUAGUAGUACAAGUAGUGAUAAUGAAAUAAAAGAAGAAAAUGAUGAAUAUAAUGAUGAAUAUUUAUCGUCAUCUGAUGACGAAGAAAAUGAGAAACUAAUUCCACAAAUAUCUGAUCAACCAUAUUUAUUUGUUUCUGAUGUAAUUACAUCAAAAUCAACUCAAGAACUUGGUAAUCUUAUACAAGAAUUACAAACACUUGAACAUAAAAUUGAUCAUAUUCAUUCAUUAUCAUCAUCAUCAUCUUCAUCAUCAUCAAGUUUAUCAGACAAUGAUCAAAUACAAUCAUAUGACAUAUCUAUUCCUCAAGUAGUUAAAACAAAAUCAAUUAAUGAAUUAACAAAUCUUGUUACUGAAUUAGAACAUAUUGAAGAAGAACUUGAAGAUAAACUUGAUGAACCAUUAAAUAUAGAUAAAUCACCAAUAUCAUCAAAAUCAUUUAAUGAACUUGGUGGUUUAAUUAAUGAAUUAAACGAUGUUUCAAAACAAUUAAAUAAUCGUAUACAUGAAGAAAUCUUUACCUCAACAAAUAUUGAAUCAUUAUCACAAGAUAUAGUUAAAUAUCGUCGUGAUUCACAAUCAAAUGGAACUAUUCCUAGUGCACAUAAAAAAGAACAACAAUCAUUAAAUUCAACAAUAUAUGAACAAGAUUUUGAGAGUAUAAAACCAACAUUAACUAAUGGUGUUGAUCAAAUUUAUGAUCAAUUACAAAAAGAACAAAUUGAAAAUCAAGUUGUAAAAGUUUUGGUUGAUAAUAUUCUUAAAGAAGCACUAGCUAUUAUGUUAUUCGAGUUAUCAUCAAAUGUAUCUCAGACAAUUGCCAAAUCUGUUCCAACAAUUAUCGUCGAUGAAUAUCCUAAAUCAUGUCAUAAAUCAUCAGUAACAAGCAUAUCGGAUGAUUUAGAAAUAUCCCAUGAAGAAUAUGCAGUUGAUAGAACAAUAGAAUUAGCUGCACAAUUGGAUUACCUUCAACGUAUGUCACGUUAUGAAAAAUUAACAAAUGAACAAGAAAAAAUAGAAAAUUCUCCAAUUACUCAAGAAGAUUCAUUUAUUCAUACAAAUUCUAAUGAUGAUGAUGAAGAAUUUAAAUCAACCAAUGAUUUAAGUAUAACUCAUGAAAAACAUCCAUCAUCUAAUGAAAAUAAUCUUGAUAAAUUAUUAAUUCAAGCUGAAGAGCAAUCUCAGACGAAUAUCAUUCAUGAUUCAAUGAUAAGAAGUAAAGAUUCUAUAAAUCAACAGUCGACAGAUUCACUUGAUUAUCAUUCAACUGAAAUUGAACCAAAUCAAUCAUCUACUCAACGAACAACUAGUGAAAAUAGUCUUCAUAGUGCAUCAUCAAUACAUACUUAUGAUAGUCAUUCUUUAUCAACUUCCUAUUUAAUUGAUAAUAAAGAUAAUAAUCAAGAAAAUUUAUUUGAUUAUGUUAAAUCAUUUAUUAACAAACAAGUAGAAAUCGUACAUGAGACAAUAGAAGAUCAAAUUAAACAAGGAACUAGUCAAUCAAAUAUAAAUGAUAAUCAACGAAUAGAUAAUAGUGAAAAAGAAUUUUUAACAAUACAACAACAUUUUCAAUCAGCUUAUGAUUUACAUGAUGAAGAAAAAAGUAAACUUGUUCGUAGUCCUGAACUAUAUAAUAUGAAAUAUGCUAGUAAACAUAAUCAUCGUGCAUUAUUAACAAAUUCACAAAUACAACAUCGUACAUUAUCAGAAUCAGCAUUAAUUACUGAUGAUUCAAAACAUCAAAAUUUAUCAACAAGUAAUCAAGUAUCAAGUGAAUUUUUAACAACAAUAUCGAAAGAUAAUUCAUUAGAAUCAAUGCAACAACAACAACGUCUUUCGACACCAUUUGAUGAUGUUAUUGAAAAAGAAUCAAGUCCAGAACAUUCAGAAUCAUAUAAUAUACCAAUAUCAGCUUUUUCUGAUGCAUUAGAACCAACUAGUAGUUGUCAACGUCCAUUAGCAUUUUGUCUAUCUCAACAACAACAACAAAUAAUAACUGAAGCAGAUUAUCAUAGAGUUGCAAAUGAUUUAGUAAAUCAAGUAUUACAAAAUGUCAUUACAGAAUUGACUAGCGAACAAGAUGACACAUCUACAAGUAAUAAAAGUGAUAAAUUAUCUUCAAGUAGUACAUCAUCUGAUAAUGAUGAUGAACUUUGUGAACAAGAUGAUGACAAUAUACAAAACUUAUUAUCAAAUUCAUCAAACUUAAAAAUUUUUCCUCAUGUAUCAUUUGGAAAAGUCUUACGUCGUGCUCAAACUGAUACCGAACAUUUUGAGAUCAUUCAAAGUCCAAAUGCACGAAUUCCAUCACUUAUUCGUCGUAAUUCUCAAUCGGAUACUGAAACAUAUUUUCGUACAAUAUCAUCAUCAAUUGAUAAUUCUACACAAAUAAAAGCUCCAUAUGAUAAUUCAAGUUCGGAUGAAAAAUCUACAAAUAAAAAUUCUACACUAUCAAUUCAUCAAAAUGAAAAAUAUUCAGGUGAAGGUGAAGAAAGUAGUGCAGGACCAAAACGAAAUAUACAACGAAGAAAACGUUCAAAUGAUACAAUGAAUAUAAAUGAAUCACCUGGAGUAAAGACCCUUCCAUUUAAAUAUGAAUUUAAUGAUAAUUUCAAACGACAAGACAGUCUUGAGUCACCAUCCAAAGAUUCAAAUGAAAAAUUAAUUCUUAAAAUUUUACACGAAGGAAUACUUCGUACUAAUUUAAAAUCAUUUGAAACAGAUGUAGAUUUCAUGAAUCAACAAGAAGAAAAUGUUCAUGAACAAAUUUAUUCAUCAACAACUAAAAAACUUUCACCUUAUUAUGAUUAUGAUGCUGGAAGUGAAGCUGAACGUGAUGAUUUAAAAAUUUGUUCUUCUAAACAUAGUGAAUUUGUUUUACCAACAUUUCCUAAUGAAUUUAAUUAUAAUAAUUUACAAAAUUUUAAAUCUGGUAGUCUCCCUAUUAUAAAUGUAUCAUCGUCAAUAGAAUUAAAUGAAAUAUCUUCUCCAAUUGAUAUUGAUAUUAAAAAUCUUCUUGAUGAUUUAAUUGAAUCAAUAAAUGAUGGUUUACCAAUAUCAAUAUCAAGUGAACCAUUAUCAUCACAAUCAGAUGCAACAACAGUUAUAUUUAAUUCAAAUAAAAAUUCAAUGGAUGAUGAAGAAAAUCUUGAAAAAUAUUCUUUUGUAUCUAGUCAUGAUUUACAUCAAAAUGAUAAACAAUGUUUAACAAUACCAAUAUCAAGUUCAUCCUCAUCAUCAUCUCCAACGCAAUCUGUGAUAUAUUAUCAGCAAGAUCGUUCAGCACAAAUAAAAAAUAAUUUAACUUCUUUUGUAAAUACAAAUCCUAAAAAACAAUCAUCAAUACCAUCAUUUUCAAAUAUGCAAUUAAUCAGUCAUAAUACUAAAACAAAAUUCCGCUCAUAUCCCGGUUCAUUAGGAGGUGCUCAUAUACCUCCCUCUAUCGAAUCUCUCCUCAACGAUUAUUGUUCAACGACAACAACAUCUACUACUUUUAAAAGUAGUAACUAA